GGAGGAUCCUGUACAAACCUGCCAUAGCUUUUAAAGGAGCCAGUGUCAGUGUGUGACAGAGAGCAGCAGUCACUGGGACUCAGUGUGUACUUUACCUCAGUGCUCCUCCCUCUGUCCUGCAGCCAUGAAGCUCCUACCAGCCCUGUUCACCCUCACAGCACUGGCUCUCUCAGGUGUGAAGGCUCAGAUUGUACUGACUGAGUCUGAACCAGUGGUGAAGAGACCAGGAGAAUCACACAAACUGACAUGUACAGCCUCUGGGUUCACAAUCAGUAGCUAUUAUAUGCACUGGGUCAGACAGGCUCCUGGGAAGGGACUGGAGUGGAUCGCUCGCAUUGACCCUGCAGAUGAUACCACUUACUACUCCCAGUCUGUUAAGGGCAGAUUCACCAUCUCCUGUGACAACAGCAAGAACCAGGUGUAUUUACAGAUGAACAGCCUGAAAGCUGAAGACACGGCUGUGUACUACUGUGUCCCUGGCCCACCGUACAAAUUCGACUAUCAGGGUAAAGGCACGCAAGUCACUGUCACCAAUGUUUCAACAGCAUCCCCAACCGUGAGUCUCGUGACUCUGCCCAGCGGGGAGAGCCGUGUAGAUGCUCUAAUGUGUGUCAUUCAGGACUUCCACCCCAAGAGCGUCACUGUGACAUGGAAAGCUGGGGACAGAACUGUCUCAGGACAGACCUGGGAGUCGGAGAAAGGACAGACAGGACUGUACUCAGCCAGCAGUUUGCUGAAGCCAGACAGCAGCGUCUGGGAGAGUGACACUGUGUACACAUGUGAGGUGCAGCACAGUACUAAUAAAACCACUAAGACCAUCAGUAAAGUCCUGUCCAGUAGGUCCAGUUUGGAUGUGACCCUGAAGCCCCCAAGAGUAAAAGAGAUGUUCAUAGAUAACAGGGCUGUGCUGGAAUGCAUCAUGACAGGAGAGGAUGAGGCAAUAAAAGAAGCUGAAGUGACCUGGAUGUUGGACAGUGUACAGGUGACAGAUAAGAUUACACAGACCGGUACAGAAAAGGCAGAUCAGCUCUUCAGAAAGAGCAGCAUCCUGACUCUGGCAGUGAUGGACUGGCAAGGUGACAAAACAGUGAAGUGCAGUGUGCAGCAGAAGGGUGGUCCUACCAUCACAAAGACCCUCAGUUUUGGGCAAAAAGGUUCGAUGUCGCCUCCUACAGUCUCCAUCCAAACACCAUCUACUGAUGACCUUAAUGGAAAAAGUGAAUUCUUCCUGCUCUGCCUGGUAACAGGCUUCUAUCCUCAGGAAAUAUACAUCAUGUGGCAAGUAGAUGGGGGGCAGUAUGAGGAGGGUAUUACUGGAGAGCCAUUCUGGACUGGGGAUAAAUACUCUGUCACCAGUCUGUUUAAUGUAUCAAAAGUGGACUGGGACAGCGGCAAGAUGUACAGCUGCAGCACCAGACACGCAUCUCAGGAGCGAAAGCCCUACAUGCAUAUUCAUGUCUCCAAGUCAACGGGUAAUUCACUGGAAUGUCCUGUAUGUGAAUGACCUUUCUGAUCUGCGGCUAUCUGUGUAAAUGCCACUGAAAAUCCAUAAUGAACAGAGAGCUGCAGCACAUCUCUGUAGACGCCAUUGAGUUUCCUUCUCCUCCAUAGUCACUGCUGUCCUUAUCUCACGUAGACAUGAAAAGAUCAGUGCAGUUUUCAAUGGUUAAAUACUCUAACAUUAGUUACAGACUGACUCAGGAAGUCCACUCCUGUAGGUUUUGUUCACGCAGUAUGAUAAACCCUGACUUUGCUUACCUACUGUAUUUUUUUUUUGGUCUUUUAAUUUUAAUUUCUAAUAUUGUCCUUUUUCUUGAGUAGUUAAUUGAAAAUCAUUGUCUCAUGUUUGUAGUCCAGGCUUGAAUAGCAAGAUUAGCAAAGCAUUAGUGUUUCUUAUAGUUACUGUAAAGCAGAUAAGGUAAUAAAAUGUGAAAGAAUGAUUUUUCUGUAUGCUUGGAUUACAAAUUCCCCUUAUAUAAUUGCAUAUAUUGUGUAAGUUUGGAGUUCAAAACAGCCAUAUCCUUCAUUAAAUUGGAGAAAACAUCUAUUAAUACUCAACCGGAACAGUUAUAGACUAAACUGCACCUGUUUUGUCUGAUCUCUGGUAGAGAUGUUCAUGAUUUUCUGUGAUGUCAUUCUGUCAUAUCUGAGUGACAUGUUCCUCCUCCUGGUGUUCACUGUGUCUGUCUCUGUCCAUAAUGAUGUCAUCAUUCAUCUGCUCCCAUUGUUACGGCUUAUUGUCUCACUGCUUGGAGAUGCAAAUCUCAGAUGGCCUGAAGGUCCUCUUAAACCACCUCAUGUCACUGGAAUAUUGUCAG